AUGACAGAGAUUCCAGAGACCUAUGGGUACAGAAAGGCCUUCAGGACUGUGUUUAGGACGCUCCAGAGCCUCGAAAACUAUAAGGGUGUGACAUUUUUGAGGACUUUCUCUCCGGCACACUUUGAAAAUGGGGCUUGGAACGCUGGAGGGAGUUGUGGGAGGACGAAGCCUUUUAGCAAAGAGGAAAUGAAGUUAGAAGGAUUUAUUUUGGACAUGUAUAUGACUCAAGUAGAAGAGCUCAAAGCAGCACAAAACCAAGCUAAGCAGAAAGGUCUGGCUUUUAGAUUGAUGGAAACAACUGAAGCAAUGCUGCUGAGACCUGAUGGACACCCAAAUUUCUAUGGAGCCUCACCGCAUAGGAAUACGACUUAUGCCGACUGUGUUCACUGGUGCUUGCCUGGCCCUAUUGAUACAUGGAAUGAGAUUUUGCAGCAUAUGUUGAAGACAGGGCAGAGAUCAACUUGA